AGGGGACGCGUGUUUGGACCUGGAUUUCGGCUUGGCUAUAAAGGUUCUUCACAUGUUCUUAUACGAUGAUUGUUGUUAUUUGUAUCAUUAUUAGAUGUGGACGUUUGUUGAACUGGUUGAGGUUGAUGUGUGUUUGGAACUUUGGAUCAAUAACCACAACAAUAUUGCACAACAAUACCCAAAGACAGAAACUAUCUAGGUCUCAGAGAAUAAGAUCAAACAAAUGGAGGAAAUGUAUAAUGCGGCUAUGAAGGGGACGCCUGCCUGGACCUGGAUUUCGGCUUGGGCUAUGAAGGGACGCCUGUCUGGACCUGGU